UUGACAUCGCGUGUUUCUUUAAAGGGGAGAAAAGAGAUCUUGUACAAAAAAUACUAGAUGCUUGUGAUCUCUUUGCUACAGAAGGAAUACCAAUUCUUAUUGAUAAGGCUCUGAUAACAAUUUCUGGGAAUUCAAAUACAAUAUGGAUGCAUGAUUUGAUACAAAUGAUGGCUUUUGAAAUUGUGAGCCUUCGGUCUACUAAUCAAGAUCCCAGAAAAGGUAGUAGGCUCUGGACUGCAGAUGAUAUUUAUCAUGCACUAAAAAAUGGUAGAGGAAUUGAAACCAUUACAGGAAUAUCAUUGGAUACAUCAAAUUUUAGUCGAGAGAUUAGCUUGUUGCCAGCAACCUUUUUAAGGAUGUGGGAAUUAAGAUUGCUCAGAAUCAUUGAUACUGGCAAAUUAUACCUUCCUCAAGGUCCUCUCAUUUUUCCUAAUCCGCUCAGAUAUCUCCAAUGGCAUGGAUAUCCUUUAAAAUCGUUGUCUACAAAUUUUAUUGCCGAGAUGCUUGUUAUACUUGACAUGCGCGGAAGCCAACUUGAAAAACUUUGGGAAGGUGUCCAGGUAUGACUAUCUUUGUUAAUUUUUUCCUUGUGAUUUAAACCGAGGCAUGAAAUAUCAGUCUUGAUUUAAUGGGUUUAGUUUGUUUCGAGGUUUUUGGUGUCAUACUAAGGGUAUUUUACACAUUUGCCCCUGAACUUGUGCAGUUUUAGAAAC